AUGGAGAGGAUCAAAACUGGAAUGUUAAUGAUGUUCAUUACAGUAUUAAUGGUACUGAUACCCAAGAUAAUGUCGGCGACGCCGACGUCUCCUCGCCCACUCUGCAUGUCCCAGUUUGCACUGGUCAAUCAUGCUUGUUCCUUGCUUCCAUUUCGUUAUCGUAUUCCACAUCUACCAGUGACCAAAGAUGCAGGGCAUGAACAGGUGCAAGUGCAACAGAAGAAACAAGAGGAUCAGGCUCAGCUUGAGGGCGAGUGCGACCAUGAGCAUGGCCAUGAGCAUGAGAACAGGGAAAGUGUUAGGCACAGGCACUCACACCGUCACCACCAUGAGCACUUGGACGUAGAAGUGGAUUGUUGCAGGUGGUUGAAGGAAAUUGAUACCAUAUGUGUCUGUGAGGUUCUGUUUCAUCUUCCUCCAUUCCUUCAGGCACCUAAGCACUCUUAUACGGUUUCAGUUGGUGAGGAAUGCGAAAUCACUUAUCCAUGUCCUGGGCGAUCGGGAUAAUUAAUAAUAAGGUGUGGUGUGGUGUGGUAUGGGUUUGUCUUUCUAAAUUAUUGUGUUUAGGGUGGGGGAAGGGGAAGGAGGAGCUUUUGUGGGGUUUCUAUUGACAUUUUAAGCUUAACAAGGGAUGUCAUCAGGGUAUCCUAUGGUUUAAACUGAGUUGGUAGUUGGUACUCCUAGUUUGUUUAGGCACGUACCUUUGAUUUCACAGUUUAAAGUGGACGUGAUAAAUGUUUACCAAAUUUUAAUUUGAGAAGAUAUUUUGGGGA